AUGCUCUGGAUUCCGGUGCUUACCUGGGCCCUGGCGGCUCUGGCAUCAUUGCUGUUCUCUAUAGAUGACAGCUCGUUCCAGAAAGUACUAGGAGACCUGCUGAGCCGUCUCGACGACUUCGCCAGCUCCUUGGGCCAUUUGCCACCAAUAAACCCCAACCCACUGCCACAGGAACGAACACUCAAGGAUGGGGAGAUUCCUCGCUACUGCAUCGACUUUGCUCCUUUAGUACACUUAUACUCGGAGGAACGGUACAUGCCUUAUGAUAUUGCCAGCUUUGUUGAGAACUUUAAAGCUACUUGGGGAAACGGGUCAGUUAUUGCCGAGAACGUUUCCAUUGAUACCCUCGGCGACUUGCCUAAUAGCGAUGACGUUUACUUGACUCUGCUUACAGACUUUGAUGCCGAUCCCGAUUGGAUUACUGGUAAACAUAACCACCCCAGUUUGAUUGAUGGUCUGAUUAAAGAGGCCCCUGCUACUCUUGUUGUUGUUGAUAAAGGCAACGGAUGGGUCGAUGCAUUCUGGUUCUACUUCUACCUGUUCAACUUGGGUCCCUAUGUCAUGGGAGCUGGACCAUACGGUAACCACGUUGGUGACUGGGAACACUCGCUUGUACGCUUUUAUAAUGGGAAGCCGCAAAUAGUGUGGAUGCUGGCUCAUGGAGGCGGUGCAGCAUUCAAGUACGAGGCAAUGGAAAAGUAUGCCAUUGAUCAGCGCCAUCCUAUUAUUUUUAGCGCCACUGGUACCCAUGCUAACUACGCUCUGGUUGGCCAGUUCCCUCAUGAUUUACCUUAUAAUAUUCUUUGCGACUUUACCGAUAGAGGAGAGUUGUGGAAUCCUUCCCGCAACUAUCUCGGAUACACUUUUGACGGAAUUAACGUGUUCUAUGCACAAAACUGGAACCGUCAACAUCAAGGCCGUGAGAAAAAGUACGGUCAUUGGCUCAAAUUCAGUGGCCAUUGGGGUGAUGCUGAAAUACCCAUGAGCGAUCCUCGUCAAAAAUACAAUUUCAUCGGUGGCCACAAAUACAUCGAUGGUCCUACCGGUCCUUUGCUGAAGAAUCUUUUGCGUUCCGUGCCUUGUGAACGUCACAAAUGGUGGAAUGUGUUUGGUGUGUGUCGCAUACGACACAAUCUUCAUUUUGGCAUUGGUGUCGAGCUGGAAGGAUACAACUGUGGUGCCAUUUUUGAUUGGGUACGUCCCCGUUGGCUCAAACUGGUUUUGGAUAAGUUAACUUGGGGUGGCGUAUUAUGCUUUGUGGCGGAUUUGAUUGGAGGUUGA